UUAACAGGAGCAGGAGAACUUGGCCGUUGCUGAGGAGAUUGAAAACUUAAACUCUAGCUGUUCCCUCGCUUCUGAAGAUGCUCUCAACAAUCUGGAGUGUACCAACGUUCUGUCCCUCCUCUUCACGUCUUAUCCAAUUCUCUAACCAUCAACUGCCUGUCCUCCGGUUUACAGUACCCGCCGGUCGUUUUGCACGAGUUUCUUGCGGCGAAAUCCGGGCUGUUCAUGGUGGGGGGAGAGAGUCGUCUGUAUCGCCGUGGGAUGAGAAGCCUUAUGAAGUACUUGAAAGUGGAAAACGAGCCUACUUGGAUGAACAAGAUGUGGUGACUUUUCUUGAUCCUCCAAGGGAGUUGAUUCCCUUGGAUCCGACUUCCUAUAAUCCUGCUGCUUAUCUCUGGUGA